AUGGCAAAAUUUGUGCUCGCUGGUAAGGCAGAUUGUCCUUAUUAUGCCAAAGCGGAGCUGUUAGCAGACAUCCUGCAGCGAUCUCUGCCAAACUUCAGGGUCCAUAAGAUCUCUGUCCUGCCAGCUGAGUGGAAGGAUUGGCUGGAAUCCACGUGCCUAAGAAACAGCUGGAACCACGAUAGCUCUCCUAUAGUUUGGAGAGAGCUGGUGGAGCAAAAUGGUAAAGGGAUGCUCCUGGGUGGCUUCAGUGACUUCCUGGAUCACUGUAGGGACUACUAUGGGAUAACCCCAGACAUGUCCACAGAUGUGAUGCAGAGAAUUGCAGCAGAGAAUCUGCAAACACAACUAAGCCUGAUUGCUGAAGAACAGCUUCGCCUCAGUCUAAUUAAGCCCCUUUAUGUAUGGAUAACUGGUGCUCUCAGAUUAACAUGCCAAAUCUUGAUUCCAAGUUUGCUGUCUGCUGAGAUGUUUCCUAACGAGGCAGUGUCACUCCAUCUGUUGGACCUGGAGGGGGACAGGGAAGAAUUACAAAGGCUGAAGAUAGACGUUGAAGAUCUGGCACUUGAUGCGCUCCAUCAGGUGACAGUUCACACAGAUCUGGAUCAGGCUUUCCAUGACGCAAACCUCAUCCUUCUGUUGGAUGAUUUAAACCAUGAUGCGGAGAUCGACAGAGUUACAAACCUGUGCGAGCUCUACAGAGAGUAUGGGCGUCUAAUCGAUCGCCGAGCAAACAAACACGUGAAGGUGAUGGUGGCCGGUGACACCUUUCUCAACCUCAGAUGUUCCCUGCUUCUGGAGAACGCACCUUCCAUCAACAGCCACCAAUUUGUUGCCACGGCAACGCAGCUGGAGCAUGAAGCCAGAGCUGAGGUUGCGAAGAAGAUGGGCGUUAGACCACAAGAUGUCAGGGACGUCAUUGUGUGGGGGAACAUCAGUGGCGGUUUCAUCAUUGACCUGCAGAGGGCGAAGGUUUUCAACUAUCGAGGGGCCAUCAGGGGACCGGCUUUCUUCUCCCAAUCAGUCCUCCAGGUUUUACAUGACAGGAAAUGGCUGGAAACAGAAUUUCAACAACAGGUUCGUCGUCAUCAUGUUGUGGUUUCAAGGAGCGGCCGUACAGCUGCUAUUUCAGCUGCCAAUGGCAUCCUGAGAGUGCUGAAGGCCUGGAACGGGGCUAAUGCUGAAGAUCAGAUCUUCUCCAUUACACUUAGCGCAGGUUUGUAUGAUCUCCCAAAUGAGACCAUUCUCUCAGUUCCAGCUACAUGUAUGGAUGGCAAAUGGUCUGCUCUGCUGGAUGUGACGGUUGACGAAAAACUGAGGGAGGAACUUAAGCUUUGUGUAGAUGAGCUUCAGCAGGUUUGUCACUAGAAACUUUAACAUGCUUAAAAAAAAUGCUUAAAGUUAACAAGAUUUGAAAAUCAAAGGUGAUAAAAAUGUUUUUUUCUCCUUA